AUUACACUGCAACUUUAAUUUAUUAUUCUCUUCUCAGUUAUCACAACAAACACAUUAGAGUAUAAGGCAGUGUUUGGUAGCAGAGAAUUAAAAACAUGGAAUUCUGGAACCGCAGAUUGCUACUACAGAACGAGGACGUUCCCCUCUCGAUGCCACCUCUCUCUCACACUCACACCAAACACGCCACUAACGCAUCAUCAUCCUCGCCGCCGCAAUCUUCGGCUUUCCAAUUCCAAAGCCCACUGCAGGUUUCGAUUCCUCCAGUUUUUUCAUCGAGUGUGGCCUACGUCUUCCUCAUCCUCUUCACCACCUUCUUCUUCGUCGGCUUCGUCUUCCUCUACUUCCGCCAGUUCGCCUCCGACGCCGCCGCCGCCGGAUCCUACCGCCGCCGCUGGGAGGAGGGCGCGGCAGCGGCGGCGGAGGCAAAGAAGUGCCUGCCGGUGGUGGCGCACUGCGGGGAGGGGUGCGCGGAGUGCGCGAUAUGCCUGGAGGAGCUGCGAGAGGGGGACGCGGUGAAGAUGAUUCCGUACUGCAAGCACGUGUUCCACCCGCACUGCAUUGACACGUGGCUCGAUAAGCAUGUCACGUGCCCCGUGUGCCGGUGCAGUGAGCUGCUAUGUGGAGAAGAGGUGGUGGGGUCGGUGUCAGCGAGAAGACAAGAAGAAGUGGUUCUAAAUUUGGAUUAGAAGAACUUUGAAGAAGAAGAUGAAACUGUAGCGUUGCGUGUUUCAUUGGACAUUGCUUAUUAUCCAUAUUUGCUAGGUUUCAACCACCACUUGAGAGUCUUAACCAACGAACGUGUUACAUAUUACAAGUUUCUUUUGUGGUUUUGUUCAUUCCCAUUAUUAUUGCCACUUGCCAGUGUCAUUAUUUAGCAGCAUUUAAUAAUUCAAUAACAUUCUCUUUCAGUUUUUUUUUUAUAAAAAUAAAUUGUAGUAGACUCAUAGUACUGCUAUUUUGCGUUUUC